AUGGCGAGCGGCGGCAAGGUGUCGUCGUCGGACGCGGCGUACCAGCUGCUGCUGAAAUGCGCCAAACACGGACGAGGCAGGGCUGUGGCGCUCGCGGGCUUGGCGGCGCAGAGGGAGCGGCAGCAGGCGCAGGAGCAAAUGGAGGAGCGGAAGCGACGGCAGGAGAAGGAACGGAAGGAGCGGGAGAGAGACGAGCGGAAAGCGAGAGAAGGAGGAGGGUCAGCGCUUCCCAGCACCUUGUCGAACGGGCAGUUCAAGGCGGACGCGGAUUUAAGGCUGAAGCGGCCCAUAUCGCGCCAGUUGUUCUGCGACGACCUUCAAGUUGACGACGGUGUGUGGCGGCCCGGACCUAAAGGCGCGUGCAGGCCGCAACCGCAGCAGGCGAAGCGCCGGCUGCAGAUGGAUGCUGACGUGGACAGCAGGAUUGACGAGAGGGGCGCGAAGGUGCAGCGAAGCUACGUGCUGCAGCAGGUGGGGCAGCAGCGCGGGCAGGCAGGGCGGUCGCGAGGCGAGGAGGCGACGGGUGGGCAGAGCGGGACUCGCGAGCACGCUGGGGCAGUGGAAACGGGCCCGGGGAGCAAGCAGGCGGGUGUGGGGCAUGGUGGGGCGUGGGCGUGUGAGCAUGAUGCAGGGAAGUCUCACGGCGGAGGGGUGGGGGGAAACGAGUGCGUGGCGGAAGUAGGGGAAGGUGGUGCUGCAAGGCACUGUGGUGGCGGGGGGGAUGCGGCACGGCACAGCCAGGAUGGGCGCCAUUAUCGCAUAACACCACGAUCAAGGAUAGGUCUCCUCAACAGCAGAAGCGAUGCAGUCAACAUGUGUUACGUCAACGCCACACUGCAGGCCCUCGCCUCCCUCCCGCCCUUCCUCUCCCACCUCCUCCACCUGCCCCUCCCCGCCUCUCUCGCCCGCUCCUCCUCCCUCCGCCUCCCAGUCACCACUGAGCUUCAGCGGCUGACGUGGCAGCUGCUGGGCCUGCCACAUGGCGACAGCAGUGGCGCCACUGUGGGGAGCAUCGGUAGCCGAUUGAGGGGGUUAGCGGGUGGCGUGGCGGAUGCGCGGGCUGUAAAAAGGGCAGUGGGGCGAAGCGCUGCCAUCUCUCUGGGCCAGGAACAGCAGGCGAGCACUGGAGACGGCAGUGGCUGUGCUGUUGGCAGCAGUUUCCUGUCAACGGUGGGGGUGGUGAGGGAGUGCGAGGGGUGUGGAGGGAGAGAGAGUGGAGAAGAGGAGUUCCUCUGUCUCUCACUCCCUAUCCCCUCCUCCUACCCCUCCUACCCUGCCUGCCCUGCUCCUCACUCUACCACUGCUGCAUCUGCAGUUGCUGCUGCUCCUGCUGGCUCUACUGCUACAGUACGCAGCGGUGGGGGUAGCAGAGGCAGUGAUACCGAUCCCAGUGCUGCUGGCACUGCUGCCUCGCUCACUCACCAUCCGCUCUCAGCACUUCUGCAACACUUCUUCCAGGACGAGACAGUACAAGGCAGGGUAUGCACCCACUGUCACCGCUCUGCACCGUGCCGCAUCUCCCGAGCCUUUUUGCAACUGCCACGCAUCCUCAUACUCCAUCUCAACCGAUUCAAAACCACCUUUCACCCCAUUCCAUGCAUUGAGAAGCCCACUAUGUGUCACGAGGAGCCCGCUGCCUCCCUUGGCAACCCCCAAGGCGGCAGCACCAUCCCACCGCCUCCAUCGUGCCAACCACCCGCCUCUCCGUCUCCUCCGAUUGCUCAACACACACGCCCCCUCGCAUCCCGCCCUCCUCUUCACCCUUCCCCUCCAUUCCCUCAAGAGAGCCCACUUUCCAUGCCAGGAGCAACAGCUCCGCCCUCUGCUCCGACUGGGAAGGCGCCUCAUGCUACAACCGACCCCGCCUCUUCUCGCUCCCCCCCUUCUCCUCUUCUGCGUGCUGCUGGGGCUCCGUCGCUCAACCCCUUCUCACUGGCGAAGGCUGCAGGCAGGCCAGUGGUGUUGAAGGAGGUGGCUCCUAAGGGGCUGGUGUGUGCGCUCCAGGGUGGCGGCCGGCCGAUAAGAGGUGUGAGUGAGGUGGGUGUGGAUGCGGAGGGAAUGGACACUGGGGAGAGCGUGGAGCGGCAGCUGGCUGACAGAAGAAACAAGAAGCUUAAGGGCAGGGAGGAAGAGCACAAUGAGGGGCAAUGGGGGGAGGGCGAGGCUAGGGAGUGUGGGGAGGAGGAGGAGGAUUGGGCGGAGCUGCUGGAAGGAGCGGCUGGUGUGAUUGGGGAGGGUGCUGGUGAUGGUGGUGAUGACAGCCGUGUGAGCGAGAUGGUGGAUGGUGGCAUCAGCAGAGUGGGUGGUGGUGCUGGCAUGGAGGAAAGGGAGGCGAGAAGGGGGCGGUACGAGUGCAGGAAGAAUGUGGACCAGGUGGAGAUUGCCACGACACUUGACGUGGGUCCCUUUUGCGCACCAGCAAUGCAGGAGACUAUCUCUCAAGGAGAAAAGCCACGUGGCAGCUCCCUAUUCGCUCUGCGGGCCGUGGUGCGACACACAGGGACCUCCGUGGCGCACGGUCACUACAUAGCUGACGUGGCGGAUGACAGCCUGUCACCGCCUGGUUGGACGCAGCUCGAUGAUGGCGCCGUGAUGAGAAAUGUACCAGAGUCUGAUGUUACUGCCUCUCAAUCCCAGAAGGAAGCCUAUAUGCUCUUCUAUAACCCCGAGUACGACCCGCCGGGAGACACCUUGCUCACGCCCGCCGGCUUCGACGCGUUCUUCCGCGGGUGCACGCAGCUGGAGCACCUGUCGCUGGGCUGCCUGCACUGCGAUUUCGGGUUACCACCUUCGCUCUUCCAGCUCGUGCAUCUCCGUUCCCUCGCGGUCGCCGAUCUGUCCGCGGUGACGACGCCAGAAGUGAAGAUCUUGAGCGCGCUCACGGCGAUCGCCAUCGACACGGCGGUGUGGGAUUUCGACGACCUCGAGCCGCUCGCGCACCUGCCGAGCCUCACGUCCCUCUCCGUGCGGCACGAAGUCUCGCUUUUAUCAAGCAACGUUCGCCCUCGACCGUUCUCCUUCGCGCGCCUAUCAUCGCUCAGCGUGCUGGAGCGCGUGUCGCUGUACCAGUGCGACGAGCUUCGGAAUCUCCCGCACGACAUCGCCGAGCGCCUGCCAUGCCUGCGCGAGCUGAGCAUCAGCGCGUGCGACACCUUGCUGGAGCAGCCCGAGGCGGUCACGUUGCUCACCGGGCUGCGCGCCUUGACGCUCGCUAGGUGCCCGUUCGACGAACUGCCAAACAACUUCGGAGAGUUGCCUCGUUUGACCACGCUCGUGCUGCACAAGCUGAACGUCUACUUCCCCGCCUCGUGCGGCCGGCUCAAGGCCGUGGAGACGCUGGUGGUGUCGGAGUGCACGGAUCUCCACGAGCUACCGCACCCGCUCGCCGCCCUCACCGCGCUCACCACCCUGUGCCUCGCGGGCUCUCCCUUCGUGGUUCUCCCUAACGACAUCGGGGGUCUCACCAACCUGCACACCUUGUUCCUCAAGACGUACAGGGCGCGCGGAACCCUUCCUUCCUCAUUCACCCGCCUGGCGUCGCUUGCACGCCUGGAGCUGCACGAGUGCAAGCUGGACGAGCUGCCAGAGGCCAUGGGCGAGUUGAGGCGCCUGCGCGAGCUGUACGUGCUGUCGUGCCCCCAACUUCAGAAGCUCCCAGAGUCCGUGGCAGCGCUGCUGAGCCUAGAGGUGCUCGUGGUGGACGACUGCAGCAGCCUGUUCUCCGUGCCCAAGAACCUGCUCUAUCUGACCAGGCUGAAGCAGUUGGAGCUGACUGCGUGUGGCAAGCUGAGGCGAGCUCCUGAGUUCUUGCCGGGGUCGCUGGAAAUCCUAAGCUUGGGGAGUGGCGCUCAGCAGGUGAUGCAUCUGCCGGGCACCUACUCUCUGCCACGCCUCAAGAGAGCAAGCUUGAACAUGGUCAUCUUCCCAGCUGCACUGUCCGGCAGCCUAUCUGCAUUGGAGCACUUGCAUGUGGUGUUGGCGUGCGAGGAGGAGUUCCCAUUCCCAUCAGUGCACGUGCCUUGCCUGCGCACGCUCACACUCAUCACCACCGGGCUCACACUCAUCACCACCGGGCUCAUAAAGCUUCCACAGUUGUCCACCUCGAGUUUGCAGGAGCUGUGUGAGAUGAAACUGUUGGUGCCUGAGUUGUCACAAGUCCCAGCCACCAUCGCAGCGCUCCACAAGCUCACCUACCUAGAGAUCAACGCCCCCAAGCUGCCUUCCCUGCCCGAUUCCAUCGGGGCGCUGUCCAGAUUAGGCAAGCUGAUUCUCUACAACUGCAAUGCGCUCCAGCACCUACCUGCGUCCCUCACGCAGCUGGCCUGCCUGCGAGAGCUGUGUGUGAACAAUGCCACCAUCACAUGCCUUCCCGCCAGCGUCUCUCGCCUCACGCGCCUGCAGAAGCUCGACCUUGAGGGGUGCGCGCAGCUGGAAGCACUGCCUGACGACGUGGGCGAGCUGACGCUGCUGGACUGCUUGGUUUCCGGUGGCUGUGACUUGCUGCACGACAGUGAGGGCAAGAUUCGUCUCGCUGGGGGAGGUACUUCCUGCACGCAGCUGCAGCACCUCUCGCUCUACUGCGUGCAUCCGUACGAGUACCUCUCGGCGUCCCUCGCCAACCUCGCGCACCUGCGCACCCUCGGCCUCACCCACGCCGUACCUCUCCAGGUCCCGGGGUUCACGCGCUUGACGUCGCUCACCGCGCUCGCCCUCGACAUUCCCGAGGACGCGGAUCUCGAUCUCACGACCCUCGCGCGGCUCCCGGCCUUCGCCACCCUCUCCUUGUCCAACGCGACGCGGAACCAACGGGGAAGCGUGGACGAGCUCCCGUUCUCGCUGGCGCAGGUGCCGUGGCUGAGAGCGCUCGAGCUCGACCCGUGCAGCCCGCCAUUCGACGUGCUGUUCCCGCCAGGACUGUCUUUCAGCCAUCUGCAGCGGCUGCUCCUGAAAGGCUGCGAGGGGCUGGAGCGACUCCCAGACGACAUGGGCGAGCGCCUGCCACGCCUUCGAGACCUCAACAUCUGCGACUUUGGAUGGCUGCCCGCGCUGAAGACGUUGACGCUGUCGCACGUGCAGAUGAGGGGCCUCCCGCAGUCGUUCCACCAGCUCACCUCCCUGGAGGUUUUUAAUUUACUUCACUGCGGUACCUCUUUCAGAUUCCCUGCAGCGUUCGGUGAGCUGACAGCCGUGCGGUGCCUCGUCAUUCUCAAGGGCCCUUACUCGACGCUCCCCAACGACAUUAGCGGGCUCACCAACCUGCACACGCUCCACCUCAGCUCGAGUUUCCCGCAGCAGCUGCUGCCAUCGUCCUUGGUGCGCCUGACCUCCCUCACCAGGCUGGAGCUGGUGGAGUGUGGGAUAGUGGAGCUGCCAGGGGACAUCGGGAGGCUGAGCAACCUGAGGGAGCUGAUCAUCCAGCCCUUCUCCGACAUCAAGGAAAUACCCGACUCCCUCACAGACCUCGUCAACCUGGAGCUUCUCAAAGUGCGCGCCUGCCGCAACCUCUCGUCCUUCCCCACCACCUUGAGCAGCCUGUCAAGGCUCAAGGAGCUGGCGCUCGCCAAGCUCCCUCAGCUGCCACACCUCCUGCUAUCGCUGCCGCAUUCCCUCGAGAUCCUCUCCCUGGGAACCUACCAGCGCCUCACCGCGUUUCUGGAAAUCCCUGCUCUGCCCAGGCUGAGAAGCUUGAGCCUCGUAAGUGUGGGCUGCAUGCGCGGGCUGGUCCCGGGCAUGGUUCUGCCUGCCAUGGAGCACGUGGAGCUGUCGCUGGUGGGCGAGGCCGAGGACCUCCCACUGCCCCUAGAGUUGCUGCCCAACCUCCGCAGCAUCAAAAUCGCAAGUGCUGGGCGCCUCAAGAGCUUUCCAAAGAAGUAUGUUCCAGUGUUGCAGCGACUGCAGCGCAUUCACAUCAACCAGGCUGUCAAGUUGAGGGAGCUCACAGAGAGUGUCACCGCGCUGCACCGCCUCACAUCCAUUGAGAUCCAUGCUCCCGAGUUCUCCUCUCUACCGGAUGGCAUCGGCGUCUUGACUCUUGACCUGCAUGGGUGCAAGCAGCUGGUAGCGUUGCCAAGGGAUAUCUCCCAGCUCACGAUGCUUCAUAGCUUGACCAUCACAGGGUGUGCUGAUGCCCUUGACACUGAGUGCCUUGACGGCAUGCGUGGAUUGCAUGUUGCUAAGAUCACGGUUCUGGGGCUUGGACACCAAGUGAAGUGUGGACACUUUGGUAGCAAUGAACACGUCUGA